CCAAAUAAGAACUUAAUGCAUCGAUUCUCAAAUCGUAAAGAAAUUAAAAUAAAUCCAUAUCUACCCUACAAAAUUCACUAUACAUAUUAUUCCUUGAAAGAAUUACACUCAAAUCUCCAGUCACUUCUGUUUCUGCCUCAAUCUCCAACCUCAAGCAAUCCAAAUGGCUUCCCAGAUAUUGGUGAUUGUUAGCUUCCUAGCCAUCUCCUGUUCCUUGGCCGCUGCGGGCAUUGAGCCUGGUCCAUUGCAAGAUUUCUGUGUUGCAGAUCCUACUAGCUCAGCUUGCCUGGAUCCGAAGUUGGUAAAGCCUGAUAAUUUUUUCUCUGGAGGCUUCCAUGUUCCUGGCAACACAUCAAACCCCUCUGGCUCCUCUGUAACCUCAGCUUCUGUCGCCCAAAUACCAGGCCUAAACACCCUUGGACUCACACUCAUUCGCUUUGACUUCGCACAUGGUGGUCUCGUCACUCCUCACAUUCACCCUCGUGCAAGUGAGAUUCUUACCGUCUUGGAAGGCAGCCUCCUUGUUGGGUUUGUGUCCUCUUCACCGGAAAACAGGCUCUUUUCCAAGGUCCUUGAGCAGGGAGAUGUCUUUGUUUUUCCCAUAGGACUUGCUCAUUUCUUGAGUAAUGUGGGCAACGGAACUGCUGCUGCUAUUGCUUCUUUGAACAGCCAGAACCCUGGUUUUAUUGCUAUUCCUAGCAAUAUAUUUGGAACCAAUCCACCCAUUGGUGAUGAUGUUCUAGCCAAGGCUUAUAAUGUCGACAAGUCCAUUGUUGAGAAACUUAGAGCACAAUUCCACAGUUAAAUUCUGAAUUUUCCUUGUUCAUGCAUGGUUGGUGUUACUUUCACGAGUUUGUAAUAAAAAAUAUUGCAAGAAAAUAAAAUUAUUCCAGA